UAUUUUUGUUGGGUUCGGCCUUACUACAUUGAUGUACAGUUACCGAGCUUAAUUAUUUAGCGAAAAGGAAAUGUCAUAAUGCAUUUAAUGAAAAAUAUAUGAAUGCGCAGCCCUAGGAUGUUAAAAUUUAUUAGUUAAAGUGGACUUUUUAAUUCCUUAGGCUUAAGUACACUUGUGCAUGGAACCGCUUUAAAUUUCAUGAGUUGGACAUUUCUUACGUGUUUGUUUUUAAUCUGCAGAAAAAUUGUCAAGUCAGAAUUCGGGGAACUGUUUUGUAACCUAUAAAGGCUUAAUUUAUCAAAAGGUGCUGUUAUUCAUGGCAACAAGAUGACUGUGGAGCAAUCUCCUUUGGAGCAGCGUUUUCCGAAUCAGAAGUCACAAUCACAGCCUCCAAUUUUAAAAGCUGAAAAAGAUUCUGCUGAGUCACCUACACCAGGUGUUAUAGAUUUAACUAAUGAUCCUGACAAAGAAGAUGAUUUAAAGAAGGCCAUAGCUUUGUCUUUAAAAGAACAUGAUGAGCGAGUUCUCGGUGGGCAAGUUACUAUGGAAGACCAAGACAUAAGCCGAGUUGUUGAGGCUAGUCUUGCUGAGUCUAAAGCUGUUGGUACUAAAAGAAAAAGAGGAGAAGUUUGGCAAGAUCCAUUGAAUCCUCAUGAUCGAAAGAGAAAUGGAGAUUGGCCAGUUGGUUUAAAAAAUGUUGGAAAUACGUGCUGGUUUUCUGCUGUCAUACAGUCAUUAUUUCAUCUACCUAUUUUUCGAAGAUUAGUUUUAAGUUACGCUUUAAAAGAAUGGGAUAUGGUUGCUCCAGAUGGAAAAGAGAAGACAAAUCUCAUCAUGCAAGAACUUCGUAAACUAUUUGCUUUGUUAUUGUGUUCCAAGAGAAAAUACGUUGAUCCAUCCCAUGCCCUAGAAGAAUUAAAAGAAGCCUUUCCUGACAGUAAUGGCACAGACUCUCAACAAGAUGUUAGUGAAUUUAGUCAUAAACUUUUAGAGUGGUUAGAAGAAGCAUUUAAAAUGAAUUCUUAUUCCUCACACUCAGGUGAUAACGGAGAAAGCAUGAUGGAAGGUUCUGAGCAAAAUCCAAUGCUAGAUUUAUUUUAUGGUCAUUGUCUUUCUGAAGGGCUGAAUGAAGGUCGAACAUUUUGUAACGAAGAAACAUUUGGUCAAUAUCCUCUUCAAGUGAAUGGAUUUGCUAAUAUACAUGAAAGCUUAGAAGCAGCCAUGUCUCAAGAUAUUGAAUCCUACGAUGUUCUGUCAAAAUCUGGACAAGAGAGUUGGUUUACCCGACUGCCACCUGUAUUACUGUUUGAGCUUUCUAGGUUUCAGUUUAACCAACAGUUAGGUAGAACAGAAAAAAUUCAUAAUAAAUUGGAUUUUCCAGAAAUAAUGUUCAUGGAUAGGUAUAUGGAGCAAAAUAAAAGUACAACUCGAUCAAUUAGAGAAAAAGUUCGACGGUUGAAAGCUGAAAGACAUGAGCUCCAAAUCCAACUAGAAAAAUACCUUAAUUAUGGAACUGGACCCAAAAAAGUACCUCUUUGUGAUGUUUUACAGUACACAUUAGAUUUUGCAGAAAGUAAAAAAUGCAAUGAAGAUAUAACAACCACUGAAGAUGUAGAAAUGGAAUCUGCAGAAUCUGUGUCUAGUUGUAUUGAUAAUAUGGGUGGUGAUUCUCCUUGUGCUUCUCCAAAAGCUAUUUCAUUAGAGCAAGCUCUAAGCCCUAUGCAUCCUGGAGGGAUCUGCCGAACUCCUGUCAGGCGUGGUUGUGAGCAAGUAAAUCAUAACUGUGAAGAAACGGUGCCUUCUCCACAACAUGUUUCUGAGAUAGAGCUCAAAGUAUUGCAGAACUGUUUGAAAAGGUGGCAAAAAGAAAUUGAAAUCAAUGUUAAAAGUCUGCAAGACAAUAUAGCUAUGAUUGAUAACACCAUUAAAGAAAUAUAUAACAAUCCAUUUUUACAACAGAAACCAUACCGGUUGCAUGCUGUUUUAGUUCAUGAAGGACAGGCAGCUUCAGGGCAUUAUUGGGCAUAUGUUUUCAGUCCUAGAAAAAAACUUUGGCUGAAAUUCAAUGAUGUUACUGUAUCAGAAGCCAAAUGGUCUGAGCUUCAAAAGGAUUCUCUUGGUGGUCAUAACUAUGCUUCUGCAUAUUGCCUUUUAUAUGUGGACGAAAAGAGGCCAGAAUUAUUUGAUGAAGGUGAUUUUGAACUUGGACCUGAACAGAUGUUUGCAUUACCUGAAGAUUUACGACUGUAUAUAGAAGAUGAUACUGAAGCCUUUCAGUUGGAAAUUGAGCAUUGGGAUUAUGAACAAAGUCAAAAGAAAGAUUCAUCAACUAUGACUGCUAAUGAUGGUGAUUGUACAAUUAUUGCUGAAAAAAGAAUGAUAUUGGAUGAAAACAGCACAUCUCGAUUUUUUAGUGAACUUAGCAUGGAACAUGCUGCCUUGAUGCACAAAGCUACUGUAAAGAGGAUAGAACAAACCAAAAUGGCAGGUCAUAGUCCAGCAGAAAUAUUUGCAGAGCUUCUUCGUACGGAAACAUCGCGCCUGAGGAGGCUGGCAAGACUUCCUGCAACUACAGAUGAUUCUCGUCUUCAACAUAUAGGGGCAUAUAUUCUCACAAAUUCUCAGUCUCCAGAACCUCAUCUUACAUGGUCUAUCUUAGAGCAGUUUUUGGUUCCGGAAUUAGAUGAUUUUCAAAAAGGUCGCCUUGUUAAGGAAGCAGCUAUCCUUAAACUGGAAACCUUGCAACAUUCUUUUAAAGAUGAUCAUUUUGAAAAUUACAAUCAGUGGCACUUAGAGUACCAGAAAUUUCGCAGAAUGGUUAGUCUUUUUGUUGUUGGAGUUGACAGCUACCAUAAUCAAAAAAACUAUCACAAUGCUCUAACAUAUUUCACUUGUUGUUGCCAAUUGAAUUCUGCUCUACUGAACUUACCAGGUGAUAGAAGAGGCCUCGAUGCUAAGUUGCUGCAACAUUAUAGAAGACACAGUGCUCUGAAAUUAAAUGAAAUAGUAGCUAGUCAAUUUGAAGCUUUGGAUCCCAAAGGAGCAUUAGAAGCUUUAUCUACAGCAUAUGAGAGCAUACUUCCAAGCAUGGAGUUCCUUACUUCUCCUAAUGCUGCAGAGACAGACAUUGAAGUGGCUGAAAUCAUACGAAAUCGUUGGUGUUCUAUGUUGGGUUAUGACAUAGCAAGUAAGCAAAGCCCAAAACAAGAAAGACUACAGGACUUCCUAAGUAAACUUUUAGAUCCUGGGAAUGACCUUCCAAAACCAAAUCCCUCAACCCUCAUGAGGGUUGCGAACUUAGAAGAAAAAUAUCAAGCUGCUCUCAAUCUUGCAAUAAAAUCUGGUGAAUUUGAAGCAUCACAACGAGCAAAAUGAAGCGAUGCUUUGUGCUGAUGUGAAAGAACGAAAUCAUAAGGCAUACCUUUGCUUAGAGGAUGGUAUCCUCAAUUGCCUUGCUUCCAAGCCUAAAUGGGAAGUAGAUCAGGUCGGUUCUACAAGCUUGGACUUAGCCAAAUUGAUUUCAAUGCAUGAACAUUGCUGAAAAUCUUAUUGUGAUACAUACUUCAGAUAAUUUGCUAGGAACUUGUUACUGGUGAGGCCCGAAGUUGUUAUGGAGUGAAAGAUGCGUGUUGAUUCUGCAGGGAAGGAGUUAUAAAAGGUCAUAUAAUACUAUUUUGGUUACUAAGUCAAUCAUAGUGUAUCGUUUGCUAAUAAAAUGUGCCCUUUCAACUUCAAGGCUUUUGAUUUUAAAAAAGAUAUAUUUAACUGUGAUUAUGUUCAGAUAUUGUGAUAUGCAUGAAAUCAUCUGCAUAAAGACUGCUUGAAUAAUGAACUUUGUGUGCAUAAUACAUUAUUUUUCAUAGAAAUUGUAUGAAUAAAGCAUUUCUGUUAUGCUUUGUAAAUAGGCUUUGACAUAAAAAUUGUUUUACUCAUAUUUUACUUGCAAUCAUCUUUCAAAAUAAUAUUUUUAUGAAAUCAAAAUCAUACUGUAGCUUA